GCAAUCGUCUGUCUCCUAACGCGCGGGGCCGCCAGGAAGCUGCAGCAUCAUGAUGGCCAAUAAACCCCGGAGCAGCGAGGCGCUGAAGGUGGUGGCCCGCUGCCGCCCCAUGAACAGAAAGGAGGAAGCAGCGGGGUACGAGAGGAUCUUGGAGAUGGAUGUGAAACUGGGUCAAGUGACCAUCCGCAACCCCAGAGCCUCACCAGGGGAGCUGCCCAAGACGUUCACCUUCGAUGCUGUCUACGAUGCCAACUCCAAACAGGCUGACCUGUACGACGAAACGGUCCGGCCACUCAUAGACUCUGUUCUGCAGGGGUUCAACGGGACCAUCUUUGCCUACGGCCAGACAGGCACUGGCAAGACGUACACUAUGCAAGGGGCCUGGGCCGAGCCAGAGAAAAGGGGCAUCAUUCCCAUUUCCUUUGAGCACAUCUUCACCCACAUCUCCCGGUCACAGAACCAGCAGUACCUUGUGAGGGCCUCGUACCUAGAGAUCUACCAGGAGGAGAUCAGAGACCUCCUUGCAAAGGACCAGAGCAAGAAGCUGGAGCUGAAGGAGAACCCCGAGACAGGGGUUUACAUCAAGGACCUCUCCUCCUUUGUGACAAAAAAUGUCAAGGAGAUCGAGCACGUCAUGAACCUGGGGAGCCAGACCCGGUCUGUGGGCAGCACCAACAUGAAUGAGUACAGCUCCCGCUCCCAUGCCAUCUUCCUCAUCACCAUCGAGUGCAGUGAGACAGGGCUGGACGGUGAGGAGCACAUCCGGGUGGGCAAGCUCAACCUGGUGGACCUUGCUGGCAGUGAGCGCCAGAGCAAAAUGGGCGCCCAUGGAGAGCGCCCCAAGGAAGCAUCUAAGAUCAACCUCUCCCUCUCUGCCCUGGGCAAUGUCAUCUCAGCUCUAGUUGAUGGCAAAAGCACGCACAUCCCCUACAGAGACUCCAAGCUGACUCGUCUGCUGCAGGACUCCUUGGGGGGCAAUGCCAAGACAAUCAUGGUGGCCACUUUGGGCCCAGCCUCUCACAGCUAUGAUGAGAGCCUCUCCACCCUCAGGUUUGCCAACAGGGCCAAGAACAUCAAGAACAAGCCCCGGGUGAAUGAGGACCCGAAGGACACAUUGCUGCGGGAGUUUCAGGAGGAGAUUGUCCGCCUGAAAGCCCAGCUGGAGAAACGAGGCAUGCUGGGGAAGAAGAGGAGAAGGAGCAGCCGGCGAAAGAAAGCGAUGGAUGGAGAAAGCGCCAUGGAGAACGAAGGGGAGGAUGACAAUGAGGAUGGCCUGGAGAAGAACAUGGAGAAUUACUUGAAGGAGCAGAAGGAGAGGCUGGAAGAGGAGAAAGCAGCUAUUCAGGAUGACCACAGCCUGGUGAGCGAGGAGAAGCAGAAGCUGCUGGAGGAGAAGGAGAAGAUGAUAGAGGAUCUACGGAAGGAGCAGGAGGCUACGGAGUUACUGGCCACCAAGUACAAGGCCAUGGAGAGCAAACUGCUCAUCGGCGGCAGGAACAUCAUGGACCACACCAACGAGCAGCAGAAGAUGCUGGAGCUGAAGCGGCAGGAGAUAGCUGAGCAGAAACGCCGGGAGAGGGAGAUGCAGCAGGAGAUGUUGCUGCGGGAUGAGGAGACCAUGGAGCUGAGGGAGACUUACACAUCUCUGCAGCAGGAGGUGGAGAUCAAAACAAAAAAGCUGAAGAAGCUGUAUGCCAAGCUGCAGGCUGUGAAGGCAGAGAUUCAGGAUCAACACGACGAGUACAUCAGAGUUCGUCAGGACCUGGAGGAGGCACAAAAUGAGCAGACGCGGGAGCUAAAGCUCAAGUACUUGAUCAUCGAGAAUUUUAUCCCACCGGAAGAGAAGAACAAAAUCAUGAAUCGCCUGUACUUUGACUGUGAAGAAGACCAGUGGAAGUUUCAGCCACUUGUGCCUGCUGGAGGAAACAGCAACCAAAUGAAGAAGAGGCCUACCUCUGCUGUGGGCUACAAGAGACCCAUUAGCCAAUACGCACGUGUGGCCAUGGCUAUGGGAUCUCAUCCUAGGUACCGGGCUGAGAACAUCAUGUUCUUGGAGCUGGACCUCUCCCCUCCAGCCGUGUUUGAGUUUGAACGGACCAGGGACCCAGCUGAGCAGGACCCACGAGCUCUCCACCUGGAGAGGCUGAUGCACCUGGACAGCAUCCUGGAACGGCCAGCAGCCUCCAGGGUGAGGAAGUCCAGGUCCUGGUGCCAGACUCCACGGUCACUGCCAUCUUCAACUACGCAUGUUUCCCUCACCUCCAGCUCCCCAUGCACCUCCACGAUGCCAGUUCAGGAGUGACAUCCUGGACCCCUUCGUCCCCGACACCUUCACACAGCAAGGAC